CCGCAGUCAACAAACAUGGCGGGUGGAUGGGGUAGGUGUACGCGACCGUCUCCCGCAAAUUGGGCGUAAGGCGUGAGUACAGGCCCUGGAGCACCAUGUUUCAUAUCACGUAGGCAGUAUAAGACUCCCACAGAGGCCGUGGCGUGGCGAGAGUGCCGUAGUGCCAGUGAGAGUGCCGGAAAUUACCUUUGAAAGCGCUACAGUGCCAAGGGGUCACCAGAAAAGCCCCUGUGAAGUUUAUAUUUUUGACCAUUCCUCGUCCCCUAGAGGUGCCCUGUGACCUCCGAGGCGCCAGGGACGACCAGAAAAGCCCCCUGCGUAAUCCUGGGGCAGUGAAUAGCAUCAGAACCUCUAAAUACGGUGAAUAGAGGCAUUAAAUAAGCGAAUAUUGUGUUGUGUAACGAAUAGGUGAGGCAGGAGUCUGUGUUCGUGUGUGUGUGUGUUUGAUUUUCCCCUGGGUGGUGAUUGAGACCCCAGGGAUGACCUCCUGUCCCUCACCGCGUCCUGGGGCCACAGCCAGACCCGCCUCGCCCCCCAGCACGCCCCCCGUGGCUGCAGUAACGCUACCUCGAUAGGCCUAAGGAAUUUACCUGCCUACACUACCCACCUGUCCUGUCUACCUGUGUGUCUUGCCUCACCUGACUCACCUCUCUUAGGGGAAUAUUCUGGAAAUGUCGCAUGAGGUUCUGACUCCAUCUCCUGGCAAGUCAGUGAUGAACGAUGACGGAGACGAGAAGGAUGACGUCAAGAGAAGGUCCCGCAACCUGUCGGAGAAGAAGAGAAGGGACCAGUUUAACCUCCUUAUCAGCGAAUUGUCCACUAUGGUGUCCUCAAACAACAGGAAGAUGGACAAGUCGACGGUUCUCAAGGCCACCAUUGCUUUCCUCAAGAACCAGAAGGAGAUCUCGGUGCGGUCACAAACACAGGACAUCCGCGAGGACUGGAAACCCUCCUUCCUGUCCAAUGAGGAGUUCACCCACCUGAUGCUGGAGGCGCUGGACGGCUUCAUCAUGACCGUGUCCUGCUCCGGGAAGGUCCUGUACACCUCAGAGUCCAUCACGCCCCUCAUAGGACACCUUCCUAAUGACCUCUCUGGCCGCCCUCUUUACGAUCUAAUGCUGGAAGAUGAACGCGGGGAGAUGAAGCAGUUUCUGUCCAACCCAGCACUGGCGCCCAAUCCGAGCAACUGGCCAGAGGAGACUAAAGAGAAGUAUACAUUGACAGUUCACCUGAAGCGGUCAAGUAGAGGAUCCAUGGAGGACUCUUUGUACGAGCGGGUGCAUCUAACGGGGUACUUCGAGAGGUACUCCUGCCCCAGUGAAGAUGGAGUGCUGGAGUUUAGCUGCAGCGAGGCGGAGGAUUCAGUCUCCCUCAACAGCUGUGGACGAGGCCUUGCAGGAGGAGGUGGUGGUGGUGGUGGUGGCGGCAGCGGCGGCGGUGGUGGUGGUGGUGGCAGCGGCGGUGGUGGUGGUGGUGGUGGAUUAUUUCAAAGCUCUCUUGCCAAUUCGCUACUUUCUCAGGAAUCCACGAAGUUGGUGUUUGUGGCCAUAGCACGGCUGGACCGGCCUCAGCUAGAGCGCGAGAUGACGGUCAUAGAGCCCAGUAAGACAGAGUUCACGUCAAGACACAGCCUGGAGUGGAAAUUUCUGUUUCUCGAUCACAGGGCCCCCACCAUCAUCGGGUACAUGCCUUUUGAGGUGCUGGGAACCUCAGGGUAUGACUACUACCAUGUGGAGGACCUGGAGAAGGUGGCAGCUUGUCAUGAGCAGUUAAUGAAGACAGGCAAGGGCACCUCCUGCUACUACCGGUUCCUGACCAAGGGGCAGCAGUGGAUCUGGCUGCAGACUCAGUACUACAUCACCUACCACCAGUGGAACUCCAAGCCUGAGUUCAUUGUGUGCACCAACACUGUCAUCAGCUACAGCAGUGUGAAGGAGGAGCUGCUGAAGGACUCUGGUGGGGAGGAGAAGUGCAAGGUGGAGGUGGAGGCGAGCGGCCCCGAGGGGGAGCUUAGCCUGGCGUCCAGUGGAGGGGGUGGGGCCAGCGCAGGGCCCUCUGGCCUGGGUCUUGCUGGCCUGGGGUCAGGGACAGCAUCGGGGGUGGUGGACCUGCCUCCACCCCUCACUCCACUUGGUCCCCCCGCACCCCCCACUCCCCAGCAGCUGGUAGAGGAGAAGCCGGUGGUGGCGAGGGACGGCGUGGCACCCCAGGACCCCCUGCAGUACCUCCAGCAGCAGCAGACCUCAGCAGAGCAGCAAACACAGCAGCAAGCACAGCAGCAGCAGCAGCAGAAACAACAGCAGCAGCUACAAGAACAGCAGCUACAAGAAAUUCAGCAGCAGCAGCAGGAACAGCAACAACAACAACAGCAACAACAACAACAACAACAACAACAACAACAACAACAACAGGAACAACAACAGCAGCAGCAACAACAACAACAGGAACAACAGCAGCAGCAACAGCAGCAGCAGCAGUGUGUUGGGGUGCCUUCACAGCAGCAACAACAACAACAACAACAACCACAACAGCAACAGCAACAGCAGCACCUCAUGCCUCCCCUCACUCCCCUCCUUCCCUCUCCGGAGUCCUCCCAGGUUCCCUCCAGACAGCAGAAGCAGCAGCAGCUGAUGGGGCAGGGGCAGCUGGUUGCCUCGCUGUCCCCCAGCAGCCAGCACUCUUACCCACAGAUGAGCCAGCAGCACCUGUCCUCCAGAGAGCUGCCCUCCUGGCCCUCCAAGACACGCUCAGAGUCUAGUCAGUACCGUAGGGGGGCGGGGACGGGCAUUGGGGAGGGCGUCACCAGCAGGAAGAGGUCAAGAAUGCAGCAGCAACAUAUCCUACAACAACAACAACAUGAACAACAGCAACAACAGCAGCAGCAACAACAGCAGCAGCGGCAGCAGCAGCAGUCCCAGCAGCUGUUACUGGAUGACUUGCCACCCCCCUCCUCCCCCUGCUCCGACGGUUCUGCUGCCUCCCACGUCUCCCACCCACAGCAGGAUGGGACAAGCGCAUACAUACCCACCAAGGCUGGCCCACGGGAGAGGUAUUACUGCAAGAAGAUCGAACUGCUGCCAGAGUUACCGCAGUCCCUCUCCUCCCCACGGCUGUCUGGCUCAUACGAGGAAGAGAAGAAGGAGGAUCAGUUCUUGCAGAUGAUGGUGACGUCGCCCCUCGGAAGCACCAGCUCUCAUAACUCUGGAGGCUAUGGGAGUGUCGAACAACAGCAACAACAACAGCAACAGCAGCAGCAACAGCAGCAACAACAACAGCAACAGCAGCAGUACUUAGGGCAGUCCGGCAGCGGCACCCUCAGUGAUCAGGGGUCGGUGGGGCAGCAGGGGGCGGUGGCGGUUGCAGCGCCGGCAGUGAGCAGCGCCACGCCAGCACAGGUGGUCCAGGUGGCAGCCGUGCCCUUCUCUCCUGUGUUUCCUGUCAACCCAGUGGUCACCAACUUCCCAAUACAGCUGCCAGCGACCUCCACCACUGAGGGCCUCCGGCAGUCGCUCAUCCUGAGUCCGGACCAGAGACAGCUUCAGGAGCAGCUGCGACGGAAACAUGCUGAGCUGCAGCAGCAGAUCCUGAGGCAGCAGGAGGAGCUGCGGCAGGUGAACGACCAGCUCAUCAUGGCCCAGUACGGCAGCAUCAGCCUGCAGCAGAUGUACAAGGGCGGCGUGCAGUACCCCGCCACCAGCAGCGUGGCCAGUGGCAUCUACCAGGGCGGAGCCGGCGGGGCGGGGGCCAUGGUGGGGGUGAGCAGCGGGGCGGGCAUGAGCAUGGCGGGGGGCAUGGAGACUCUGGCGGUCACUGCGGGGCUGGCGGGGGGCACAGGGACCGUCACCUUUACCACGGGCAUGCUGGCGGGGGUGGGGUCGUCCUUGGUGCAGCCUGUUGCCAUGACCUCCCCCUCCGCCGCCUCCUCCCCAACCAUCUCUGUGUCUACCUUCACUCCGGCUCAGAAAGCAUCUAUAUUUUGUGGGAGUUGGCCGGCCACAGCAGGAGCACCUUCUCCUCACCUGUUGACCCAAAAUCUACAUGUAAACCUCCCCGCUGGCAACACACAGGGGAUGGCUCUGCCCUACCAGCUGUCACACCACCAGGCUCAGAUGGUUUUUGCUCAACCCAAUGCGACCACCAAUCCUCAGCAUCACCACACAACCCAACCUCACCCACCAAAAAAAUAGCCUCGCUUAUCCUUUUCUUCCUCACCCAUCUUUAUCUUCUGUUUCUCUUCUCAUCCCCUUUUUCCUUUAUUUUUAUGCCUUCUUGUUCUCCUCUUCCUCACCCUUCAUUUACAUUUUACUUCUUGUCUCCUUUUUUUUGUCAUUUCUUUACCUCCUGUUUCUCCUCCUCUUUCUUGUUGUUCUUCAUGUUCUUUUUCUCUUCCUCCUCAUCCUUCUCCUUUGUCCCUUUCUUCAACUUUUAUUUCUCCUUCUCUUCUUUGCCCUUUGUUCAACUUUUCUGCUCUUUUUUUUCCUUUCUUCUACUUUUUUUUGCCUAACCAUUCUCUUCCUCACCUUUCUUCACCCAUUUAUUCAUAUCUGUCAUGCCCUUCCUUUAUUUAUUCCUCUCAGUUUCUUCCCUUUCUCUUCUUGUGUCCUUGUUUUCUUUUUACGGUUUCUUUUUCUUUGCCUUUUUUGUUAUUGUUCUUUGCUUUUCAUUUCCCAUUCUCAUCUCUUCUCUCCUGCUCCUCCUCCUCCUGCUCCUCUUUCUCCUGCUCCUCCUCCUCCUCUUCCUCCUCUAAGCCAAAGGUCCCCAGUAGUCAGUAUCUCAACAAGAUAUUUUUUAAUUAGUUGAGAAGACCCAUCCACAUUCACCAUUACUACUACUACUACUACUACUACUACUACUUCUACUACUACUACUACUACUACUACUGUUAUUGUCACCUAUCCACCACCACCACCAGUGCCAUCCUUUAUUGAGAGGGAAGAAAAGAUGUGUCCAUUUGUAACUGAUGUGGUAAAGUUACAUAUUUUUUUUUAACACACACACACACACACACACACACACACACACACACACACACACACACACACACACACACACACACACACACACACACACACACAGGAUCAGCAAGGAAGCUCUCUGUUAUGAUGCCUAUUUCAGUCAGUGAUGUAGUAUUGGACCCUCUCCUCAACUGGCAGCUUUCAAACCCUCCUCAGGUCGUGUGUAAAGUAAGGGAAGGAAGUUUCAGCUUUUAUAAGUAUUUAUUGGUCUAUUUAUUACGAGUGCACAAGCUCAGGCAAGUGUUUGGGAAGGGAAUGGAUGGGAUACUGGGAUGAGAAGUAUUUAAGGAAAGACUUAAGUGAACUGGAGAAAUUUUUAUGUUUAUUUAAAGUAUAUGUGGAAAGGUUUACUAAUUUGGGAAGAUUUUAUAUAUAUAUCUGUUGCAGUGUUUGUGGAGAAUACUGCCCAAGGAGUAAAAGAAAGAAUAGUACAUAAACAAAUGCUUAUUUACUUAAAAAAUAUGCAAAUGAAAGUUUCAAGAAUUUAAAACUCGAUUAAUUUACAAAAACAAUCUUGAUAACCAACACAACAUAUCAUUCAUUCAUUCCUCUGAAGAAAAACGAACUCAUUGAACUUGUAGCUUGUCCUUGCCACCUCAGGGACGUGCGUGUGAUGGCGGUGAACCACAGUUUGCAUCGGCAGCUUCUUGUAUUAGUCAGGGAUGAGAGACAAGCAGGUAGAAGUGAAUGGCAUUUUAAGCACUUUUUUAUAUCACAUCUCCACUCACUAUCGUCCUUGAAGCUGGAGAAGGUACUGUAAUGGGGUAUCAUGGAGCAGAUAGUGUCACUGGUUGCAUCACCCUCCCUCGCCCUAGUAUGUGGAGUAGGGUGACGAGUUCCCUGCUCCACCACCUUUAUGUUCCCAGUCGUAGCUUACCGGUACCCAUGCAAAGGCCGGGUGAACUUACCACUCGUCCCAGAAAAACAAGCUGUAAUUAGGAUUCAAACCAGGGUCUUCUUGUAUUGUUGGACACACUGCCAUCUGAGCUGCCACACUCUCAAUAAAAACACUAAAGGAGACGAUGAUGAUAAAUUUUACCAUUAAGAUCGAAAAAUGGGGAAGAAUAUCUUUUUUUUUUGUUCUUAGUUAAUUGUUUAUCUAUAAGUCCCACACAGGCAGCACAGACAAGGCACCACACAUUCACACAAACACACACACCAUCCACACUUACCCCAUCAGCCACCACCAAGAGAUUUGUAAGAUUAAGCAAAAAAAGAAACAAAAGUAAGUUAAGAAUUAAACUGAGGAAAAUCUUAAUAUAACAGUAAGUGUUUUAUAAAUCAUGUCAAUAGUGUGUGUGAAAUUGGGAAGACUAAACAAGGCACUGUACUCCACCCAUUCACCCACCCACCCAUCCACCCACCCCUCACCACAGUUCAUAAUCUAUCUAAUCAUUCAUACACCUACAUUAUACAUAGCCGUGAAUGCACAUGUUAAAUCUCGCAACUACAGUAUACCUAACCUAACCAAUCAUACAAAGCCACUUCAAAAUAAUACAUAAUUACAGCCAUAGUGUCCAUAGCAUAAACAUAACCUUUCAUACACACUAAUACAUAAUACAGUCAUCAAAGCACAUACACGAAGUUGAAGUCCUAGGAUACAUAACAUAAGGAAGCCAGAAAGAUGGGGAGACAGCUAAAGGCCAUGCAGUCACACAUACAAGGCAGCUGUGACUGUUUGUGACCUCCCUUCUGCCAUUCACCAUAAGUUUAUACAUCCUUUUUGAAACUGAUGAGUGCCAGUAUGUACGUGUUUUUUUCUGUAUAGUGACAAUCAUACAUUCAUCAUCAUGUAGUAGUGUAACAAGGUUUUUUUUUUUUUUUUAAAGAUGUUUUUUUGAGGGACAUUUGGGGUUUAAAUCCAGUGUUUUUGUUUUCGUCUCCAACAAAUUGUUCUUUUAAUUUAUGUGUGGGUUUUAGUGUUUCUUCUUUCUUCUUUCCUCUAGCAACGUUCUUUUAACUUGUAUGUGAAUUUGGUAUCAUUUCUUUCCCCCUUUCUUUCUUCUCUUUACUGACGAAUCAUUCUUUUAACUUCUAAUGUGAGUUUCGUAAUUGGCAUCUUAUUUCCUUCCUCUCCUUCAGUAACGUCAUUCUUUCAACUCUAAUGUUGGUUUAGUAUCAUUUCCUUCCUGUGUUCCUUCAGCAACCAGUAAUUCUUCGUCUAAUACAAGUUGAGUCUUCUUUGUGAGUCUGUCAUUAUUUCCUUCUUCCAUUUCUUUAGUAGCCAAUAAUUCUUCCACUCUAAUGCAAGUUGAGUAUUUGUAUAAUGAUCCAAAUCAGUAUUGUACACGAUGUCUAUGAGGGUGACUGUCACACCUCGGCCUUACCCUGAGACUGCUAUAUAUCAGUGACAGUGGGAGCAUAUUCCAAACCUUUCAUCUUUACUGUACUUCCAACAGGCUGCAGUGGAAGCAUUUUCAAGGAUGUGUUCAUGAUUAUAGUGACAGUUUAACACGAAUUCUGCAUCACCGUUAGGAAAAGUCACCCACAUCUAAAUAUACUACGUGGCUUUUGAAAAUAAAGUCAUCUGAGUGACCCUAAAUGAUUUCUCUGAUUUAAAAUAAAACUACAGUCACUAGAGGAACUGAACUGCUCCAUUACUACUUUGCUGUUGAUGGUAUGACGUGUUGCCUCAUUCUGGUAACUCUUGAUCAUUUUACCGGGCCGAAUAAAACUAUACAGACCGAAAGAUUUGAACACCCAUCACUUCUUUCGUCGUCUUUCCAAUAUUAUGCUCUUAACUUACACAACAUUGAAUUAAGCUUUAGAAGUCAUAGCAGUCAAAGGAUUAAGGAUUUUUCUUACUACUACUACUACUACUACUACUACUACUACUACUACUUCAACUACUACUACCACCACCGUGCCCAGCGUUUCAGCAGUAUUACAAAAUGGAAUCAUCACCAUUAUUAUUAUUAGUCCUGUCACUGCCAUUAUCACCCCAUUUGUCAUUUGUAAAUCAUUCGAACAUGUGAAAAAAAAAAUUAUGAUGUUAUUAAUGCAUCACCUGUAUACUUCAUCACAUACACACACUAGAAAUGUUAAAGAAAAUAUUUCCUUGUAUUGAAAAGUUUAGUCCAUAAAUGUACACAAGGACAUCUUUUUCCUCUCUCUCUUUUUAGAAGAUAUACGUAAUAAUAACUAUAUUUCCGAUGAGGGUAUGGAUGGGAUGACUCUCUCUCUCUCUCUCUCUCUCUCUCUCUCUCUCUCUCUCUCUCUCAUGAUAUAUCAAGAGUACCUAACUUAAUAAGAAGAGUAACAAGGUGUCAAGAUUGUGAUCACUGAAAAUACCGGUGUAAAUAUUCCAAUACUUAAUCUAUUAUUUUUAUAUCUAAUAAAGAAAA